GCAGGAUGUAAACAAAUACAGCACACACAUUAGUGAACCAAGACAGCAACAACAACACUGAGUGGAGUCAUUAUUUCCAUCCUCCCACUGCACCAGCACGUACCAUGAGGCUCUCCGUCAACAUCGAGACUCAGACCAUCCUACUGGAGGUGGCGGAAGACCUAGAAAUGGAGAAUUUCAAGGCGUUGGUCGAAAUGGAGGCUGGGAUUCCUGCAAAGGACAUGUUUGUGAUAUUCAAUGCACAGCAGCUUAGUGAUGAUAAGAAGACCCUGAAAGACUAUGGGGUAAAGGAUGGAGAGCUGCUGAUGGUUCUGCGGAGGGAGACUGUCCUCGGACAUGCGGCUCAGUUUGUCCAGCAGAGGCGGCAGCAACAGGGACAGCAGAUACAGCAGCAGCAGCAGAGAGGGGGCUCUGUACCUGCAGCUGUUGGUCAGAUAGACUUUUCAAGUAUUCAGCUGCCGAGACACCUUCAACGGGGUGGUAAUAGUGCUGCUAGCACCAGUACUGCUGUCACCAGUCCCACCCUGGGUGAUAGUACCCAGGCUACAGCACUGCCCACUGCCAGUCAGGAUGGUGAGGGGGCUGCCAACCUGGAUUUGAGGGAGAUGGGGCUAGGUGGUGCAGAUGAUGACCCGGCUGUGAUCCGAGACAUGCUAUUGGCCAACCCUGAUCAGCUAGCACUCCUCAAGUAUAACAACCCUAAGCUAGCAGAGGCAGUAACCGGCGGUGACCUUGAAAAGUUUGCCACGGUGCUAAGGGAGCAGCAGGAAGUACGCCGCAACAGGGAGCAGCAACGCAUUCGCUUGCUGACAGCAGAUCCUUUUGACAUGGAGGCCCAACGACUUAUUGCUAAUGAGAUACAGCAGGAGAACAUCAACAGCAACAUGGAGACAGCAAUGGAAUACAACCCAGAAAGCUUUGGCCUUGUCCACAUGUUGUACAUCAACUGCAAGGUGAAUGGCCAUGAUGUGAAAGCCUUCAUUGACUCAGGUGCACAGAUGACCAUCAUGUCCCAGGCAUGUGCUGAACGAUGCAGCAUCAUGCGGCUGGUGGACAAGCGGUGGGCUGGUGUGGCCAAGGGUGUUGGUACCCAGCCCAUCAUUGGCCGUGUCCACCUUGUCCAGAUUCAGAUUGAGGGGGACUUCCUGGCUUCAUCCUUUGCCAUCAUGGCAGAUCAGCCCAUGGACAUGUUGCUUGGCCUUGAUGUGAUGAAGAGACAUCAGAUGUCCAUUGACCUUAAAAACAACCAGCUACACAUUGGCACCACAGGCACUUCUACUGCAUUCUUAAGUGAAAGUGAGCUUCCAGACUGUGGGAGGCUGACACGGCUCAAUGAGGAGGAGGCACGAUUGCAGUCUGAGAGAAUGGCUGAAGACAGAGCACUGGCUGAGGCUCUUGCUGCUAGUGCUAAAGAAGGUGCUGGGACCUUUGGUGAAGGCAUGGAGGCAGGCAGCCAAGAUCCAAACACAAAUAAAGGAGAAAGUACAAAAGAGAACGCCAAAGAAGGAACUGCCGCUACCGCUGCAGCUACCUCACCAUCACCACAGUCACAGGCUGCUAAUCCUGACCCACCUAUGGAUAACUUUUCUGAGUCAGAUGUACAAGAAAUAAUUGGUCUUGGAUUUAGUCGAUCACAGGCUGUGGAGGAACUACGCCGGCAGAAUGGGAACAAAACACAAGCGAUGGCUGCUCUAUUUGUUAAGUCUCUUAAAAUACGACAUGACUUUGUAUAUGAUUGGCCCUUCUCCAGAACAACUCAUCAUAGCUGCAAAUAAUGAACUCUCGAACUUGUAUCAGUGGUGUCUAAGUAACAGACUUACUAUUAAUACGGAUAAAACCUAUUUUAUGCUUUUCACAUGUAAAUCUCAUACAACAUUUCCACAACUAUUAAUAAAUGACAAUGCAGUUAAUCAAACUAAUAAGUUAAAAUUUCUUGGUGUCACUUAUGACGACUCUUUAACAUUCAAAUAUCAUAUUAAUAAUCUCACUCUUAAAAUGUCAAGACUUAUUGCAUUACUUUAUCAGAUUAGAGACUUUAUGCCGUUAAUGUCCUAAAAUAUUUUUACUAUGGUCAUAUUUACCCACUGAUAACUUACUGUAACCCAAUUUGGUGUACCACUUAUACUACCUGUCUCAUUCCU